GUCCAUUUUGCAUUGCUGGCUCUCUCCUCCAUUGCUUUGCUCGUUUUCUUUUAUAGGGUUUGUCUGCUCAGAAUAGCGAGCGAUUGAGAGAGAGAGAGAGGGUUUCAGUUGGUUCAAUUACACUGAUUCAGAACUCCUUUUCUCUGUCCUUCACUUACCCAUCUCUUCACCUUCAUCUUCUCUUCCCGCCAUCACCCCCAAGAGAGAGAGAGAGAGAUUGGCAACAAAAAAAAAAAAAAAACCCUAUUUACUGUAUGAUUUGAUUUGAUGGAUCUGCAGAUCUAACGCUUCCACGCCCACAUGGAUUGCUCCCUUUCUUUCAGAUUUCCGUCGCUUUCAUCCGGUAUAAUUCAGUAGCUGACCGGAAACCGCAAGCAAAACGCCCAUACUUGUUUUAAUUUGGUGUGCAGGGGAGAACGCUCGUGGGGUUUGUGGUGGGAGUGGUAUUGAGUCCAUUUCGGAUGUGGAGGAAGUGGAGGCUGGUCUGGAUGAGAUGAGGGAUGUUAUCAAGGUUGAUGAACUUUCUGAGUGCCUGCUGGCGGCCAUCAUCCGAUGGUUACAUCCACACGGGUUCAGAUGCAGCUGGACGGCAAGAUGGGCUCCUUUGGUACAAAGACUCUGGGCAGCACUUGACUGGUGAAUUCUCAAUGGCCGUAGUUCAGGCCAACAAUUUGCUUGAGGACCAAAGCCAGAUUGAGUCGGGAUGCUUGAGCUUGCUUGAUUCGGGUCCAUAUGGCACUUUUGUUGGAAUAUAUGAUGGUCAUGGUGGGCCUGAGACAGCGCGUUACAUCAAUGAUAACCUUUUCCAGCAUCUCAAGAGGUUCACCUCAGAGCAGCAGUCAAUGUCAGUGGAUGUGAUCCGGAAAGCUUUUCAAGCAACAGAAGAGGGGUUUUUAUCUCUUGUUACUAAACAGUGGCCAAUGAAACCACAGAUUGCAGCUGUUGGAUCUUGCUGCCUUGUUGGUGUGAUCUGCAGUGGUAUUCUGUAUGUUGCCAACCUUGGUGAUUCCCGGGCUGUUCUUGGGAGGCUUGUCAAAGCAACUGGAGAGGUUCUUGCAGUCCAGUUGUCUGCAGAACAUAAUGUGAGCAUAGAGUCCGUGAGACAGGAGAUGCAUUCUUUACACCCAGAUGACUCACACAUUGUAGUUUUAAAGCAUAAUGUUUGGCGCGUAAAGGGAUUGAUACAGGUUUCUAGAUCUAUUGGUGAUGUAUAUUUAAAAAAAGCUGAAUUCAACAGGGAGCCUUUGUAUGUGAAGUUUCGCCUUCGUGAGCCUUUCAAAAGGCCAAUAUUGAGCUCCGAACCAUCAAUUUCUACACAUCCACUCCAACCACAUGAUCAAUUCCUCAUAUUUGCUUCUGAUGGGCUUUGGGAGCACCUUAGCAAUCAGGAAGCAGUUGAUAUGGUCCAAAAUAAUCCACGCAGCGGAUCUGCACGGAGGCUUGUGAAGGCCGCUCUGCAGGAAGCCGCAAAGAAAAGGGAAAUGAGAUACUCUGAUUUGAAGAAGAUUGAUCGUGGGGUGCGCCGUCAUUUCCAUGAUGACAUUACUGUUGUUGUAGUAUUUCUAGACUCGAAUCUUGUGAGUAGAGCCAGCUCCAUCAAGGGCCCCAAUUUGUCCGUGAGAGGGGGUGGCAUCAAUCUAUCUGCAAAAACCUUAGCUCCUUGUUCCACGCCCACAGAACUUGGUACUUCCUGAUGAAACUGCCUCGUUUUCCCCUAUGCCUCUGUUGUACUCCGAUCAACAACCCACUGAACUUCUGUGAUGCCAUCAGGUUCUAUAUUAUCCACCGGUUCUUGGAGCAGCUUCGGGUCUUUAAUUAAUUCUUUAAUGUACAAUGUAACAUUUAACUAGAGACACGGAUUAUUUAGUUUCAGAGCUGGAAAAUGGAAAGAAUCCAUGAAAGAGGGCUUUAAAGGCAAUGGCGAGGUUCUUUCUUCAGGACAAUCAAUCUUUGUGUACUUGCCCAUUUUUCUUUCCCGUUUAUUUUCCUCAGGAGUUUCUUCUGUGUUCUGUAAAUCAUGUGACGCUACAUAUCCUUGAAAAUGGGAGUUCUGUUCUUGUUGUA